AUGGCAGAGGCGCGAAACUCCGAUACAUUCCUUGAGCGAUAUUCUUCUGGCCCGCAGCAAACCGCUGGCUUUUCUUCGAAUGGAAACGGAGAACGCAGCUUGCUAAACUAUCAGAAUUCCUACCGUUCGGAUGAUGUUCGAAGUGGAAUGGUCUCACAGUCACGAGGAGAGGUCCGAAUCGAAAAGCCGCCAGAAGUUCGAACGACAGGAAAUCCGUUCAACGCUGAAGUUUCCGACCAGUGGGAAGGAGAGACAGAAGGAGCACUAUUCCAUGCCAUGGGAGAAAAAGACAGACAGGAGUUCAAAAAUAAAAAUCCUGACAAAUACGUAGACUUGGACGGCGACGGCGUGCUUGAAUUUGACCCUGACAUGCCAGACUAUCCCAACUACAAAUUUUUUACAGAGACGAGAUGGGAGUCAGAUACAGACGGCGGAUACAUUGGCAUUCUUUACGUCCCUGUCACUCGAGAUGUUGAUGGCUGGUCAAUGACGCUGAAGUUUUCAAUGCCGAUCUCGAAACUAGAAAAUUGGGAAUACGAGCCGACAGUCCAAAGCCCGUCCGAUGGAGUAACAGCCAUGCUGCACAACAACCACUGGAACGGCGUGCGACUUCAGGGAACAAUGAUGCGAAUGCGAAUCAUGGUCGAGUUCGAUCGAACUCCUGGGAUGCCUCCUGGAAUGAUUCCUCAACCGGCCGUAGCUCUUUUGGGGACAAUUUGGUAUCCCGACGGAUCAAACGCUAACUACGACGAGGGCAUUUCCCGAAAUAUAGUCAGUUACAACGAGGGCUUCUCAAAUUUGCCCAAGCCAGAAGGGGCCUCAUCUGUAAAGUCGUAUACAGAUCCAGUCAAUGACAGAAAGCAACAAGCUGAUUCUCAAGCCGAAAGUAUCAAAUGGAACAAUGCAGCUAUGUUUAAAGAUAAUUACAGAUCCCAAUUAUCCUGGCUCGACUCAUCUUUAUUUGGGCGUGACCCGACAGAGGCUCCACAGCCGAAAACAACUGCUGAUCCGUACGCAAACUUGAGCUCAAACCUGAUCAAGGGAAUGUCUGAAGGAGGCAACAACAUCAACUUCAGUGGAAAUCUUGCCGGUGUAUCUGGAGUUUUCAAUUCACGAGCGCAACAAACGCUAAAUGAAAUCAAUCAGCGACUGAAGCUACUCGAAGAAAGCACCCAGACAGAAAUUAUCAUGAAUUCCUUUGGUGAAGUAAGAACAACGCGACCGACAACAACAACGACUACCGUGCCAACAACAAAGAGGACCUUUACAAAGUGCGAAAAACGCAGCAUUGCGGAGAAAAUGCGAUGCAAAACGCCAAGCUGUUUUCGACACGCGUGCCUUGAAAAUGGGGAUUUCAGCCCGAGUCAGUGCUGGCCAAAGAUGAACCUAUGUUGGUGUGUGACAAUAGACGGGCUGAAGUUAUCGACGACUAUCAGAAGGAUGUUCAAAUUCGACUCGUCUAGUUGUCAAUUGACGUAUGACCCCACUGGAAUUGGCAGUUCCAGGGCGCAGUCAGUGCUUUCUUCAGAAGGCUAUUACAAGAGUUAUGAUGCGCAUGGCUCUCCAGAACAUCCCACUCCUUCUCAUGUCGUCUCGGAGACAUCAUCUGACACCCAAGUUCAAGUAACUGAAGCUCCUACGCCUCGUCCUACUGUCAAGUUUGAACGGUACUCUUGUCAUGAUUGGACGUCCAUUAUCAAACUUUCUUCACUCUUUUACUUUUCUCAAAUGUCUGGAAAGGGAAUCGGCUGUAAAAGCAAAUCCGCCGUCAAGUUGCCUAUCGAUCAUCCUGUCCGUUGGCGGCUGAGCGCACACGAAAACGAUGGUCGACCAUGUGGGGUGGAUCUUAGUGGAGGCUUUUACGACUCUGGCGACUUUAUGAAAUACACCUUCCCGUUGGCGUGGACGAUGACGAUGCUCUCCUGGGGCGCAAUUGAACAUAGAUCAACACUUGAGAGUGUUGGGCGUUGGGCAGACCUGUCGAAAAUCAUAACGCAUGGAGCAGAAUAUUUGCUCAAAACAAAUCCGUCCCCUAGAGAGGUCUAUGCCAUCGUAGGAGAUCCUGAAAUUGAUCAUCAAUACUGGGGACGGCCCCAGGACCAAAACAGUGUUCGCCCAUGCCUGAAAGUGACGCAGUGGACUCACGGAACGGACCUUGCUGCUGAAGUAGCUGAUUACUACCCAUCUAACGAUUACACUGAUGAGCUGGCUUGGGGAGCAUUGUGGCUUUACAAGGCCUCAAAGACUGAAAUCGACAAAAUAAAGUACAUGAACAGAGCGAAAUCCGCAUACUCUGUAUUCCAACUCGAUAAAAGAGUCGACUCCUUUAACUGGGACCAAAAACAUGCUGGAGUCCAACUUUUGAUGGCAGAGCUGAAUCCCGACAAUGCAAAGUAUAAAGCGGAUAUCAGUACAUUCUGCGAUUAUAACAUGCCAACUGGAGGUGCAAAGUACACUCCUGGAGGACUGUUGUUCAUCGAAAAGUGGGGUGUUCUACGCCAUGCGCUGAACAUCGCAUACAUCUGUCUCCGAGCUGGGACGCUGAUGGGAAUGGACUCGAUACGUCAGUCGAAUUAUAGAAAAUUUGCCAUGUCGCAGCUUGACUACAUAUUGGGCGGACAAGGAAGAAGUUUCUUGGUCGGCUAUGGAAAAAACUUUCCUGACCGUCCACACCAUCGGGCUGCAAGCUGCUCUCUUAUAGGACCAUGCAGCUGGGAAGCAUACAGGAACGAUCGACCUAAUCCACAAGUUCUCCUCGGCGCGCUCGUCGGAGGUCCUGAUGAGAACGAUAUCUUUGUCAAUAACCGAACAGACUUCGUGAGGAACGAAGUUGCAUUAGAUUACAACGCAGGAAUAACGUCGAUAGCAGCGCUGAUGCUGGACCUUGAGCGCGGCAAUGUCGGCUGA